AUGGCAAAGAUCUGCACUGAGCAAUCCUACCUGGCCCAACAGAGGCUGUGGGUCCGCCCAUCAGACGACGACUUGAACCAAAUUGAAAAUGGUGCCAGCAGAGUAAAUUCCAUUUGUGAUGACACAACUUCCGACAUGCAGGGGGUCUCCACUGCGACGAGCCAGCUCCAAGAGUCUCGUAGAAGUUCAUUCACGGGUGCUGGAGCCAUGGCCAGGCUCUCCCAUUUCCUGUUUAGGCUACGGAACUGGGCGUCUCAUAGGCUGCACCGAGAGGUAGAGCGGCCAGACUCCUUCCUGGAGCGAUUCCGUGGCCCAGAGCUCAAAGAGAUCUCCAGCCGUGAGAGCAAUGCCCAUUCUGUAGGGCAUCCUGACGGGCUUUUUAAGAGGAAAAAUGGCAAACAUUGGCCACUGGCUGUUUACAAUGUGAACAACUGCAACAACACGGAUGACAAAAAAGAGGAGAAGAAAGAGGAAAUAAAGAAAGAUGAGAAAAAGGAGGAGGAGAAAAAAGAUGGGGACAAAAAGGAGGAGAAAAAAGACGAAAAGAAGGAUGAAAAGAAAGAUGAGAAAAAAGACGAGAAAAAAGAUGAAAAGAAGGAUGAGAAGAAGGAUGACAAAAAAGACGAUAAGAAAGACGAUAAAAAGAAAGAGGAGCCACCACCCCCCCCCCCUCCCCCCUCCCUGUUCAUUAAUGUUUUUCCCUCUCUUAGGAAAGAAGUGUGGAUCAUGGAUCCUGCCACAGACAAAUACUAUCGUUGGCUGACGGUUAUAGCGGCACCAGUAUUUUACAACCUGAUGAUGCUUGUGACCAGAGCCUGUUUUAACGAUCUGCAGGAGAACUACACAGUACUAUGGAUGGUUCUGGACUAUACCUCUGAUGCAAUCUACUACACAGACACAUUUGUAAGAUCAAGAACAGGUUUCUUGGAACAAGGGCUGCUAGUCAAAGAUUCAAAGAAGCUGAUGGAGCACUACAGAAAGACACCCCAGUUCAAGUAUGACAUGGUUGCGAUGAUACCCACUGAUAUUCUAAUGCUUAAGUUUGGAUACAAUAACCCUGAGCUGAGAUUCAAUCGCCUCUAUAAGAUGGCACGGCUUUUUGAGUUUUUUGACCGCACUGAAACCAGAACCAACUACCCCAACAUCUUCCGUAUCAGCAACCUCGUGCUCUACAUCUUGAUCAUCAUCCACUGGAAUGCCUGCAUCUACUUUGCCAUCUCCAAAACCAUUGGCUUUGGAACGGACACGUGGGUCUAUCCAAACAUCACCCAUCCCGAGUACGGUCGGUUGGUCAGAAAGUACAUCUACUGCUUGUACUGGUCGACCCUGACCCUCACCACCAUCGGAGAAACGCCCCCUCCAGUCAGAGACAUCGAAUACCUGUUUGUUGUAACUGAUUUCCUGAUCGGCGUGUUGAUUUUCGCUACCAUCGUCGGUAACGUCGGUGCCAUGAUCUCUAACAUGAAUGCAUCCCGAGCGGAGUUCCAGGCCAAGAUUGAUUCAAUCAAACAGUACAUGCAGUUCCGUAAGGUCAGCAAGGAUCUGGAAGCCAGGGUCAUCAAGUGGUUUGACUACCUUUGGACGGAGAAGAAGACCUGCGAUGAGAAAGAGGUCUUAAAGUACCUUCCAGACAAGCUGAAGGCUGAGAUUGCCAUCAACGUCCAUCUGGACACCUUGAAGAAGGUGCGAAUCUUUCAGGAUUGCGAAGCAGGACUCUUGAUUGAGUUGGUGCUCAAACUACAGCCUCAGGUAUUCAGCCCUGGAGACUACAUCUGCAAAAAAGGAGACAUCGGGAGAGAGAUGUAUAUCAUUAAAGAGGGAAAACUUGCUGUGGUAGCUGAUGACGGGGUCACUCAGUUUGUGGUCCUCAGUGAUGGAGCGUACUUUGGAGAGAUCAGUAUCCUGGGAAUCAAAGGCAGUAAAGCUGGUAACCGGAGAACAGCUAACAUCCGGAGCGUAGGGUACUCUGAUCUCUUUGCCCUGUCCAAAGACGACCUGAUGGAGGCCCUUACUGAGUACCCUGAUGCCAAGAAAGCUCUGGAGGAGAAAGGUAAGGCCAUUCUGAUGAAGGAUAACCUGAUUGAUGAAGCAGUGGCUAAUGCAGGCGCUGACCCCAAAGACCUGGAGGAGAAGAUUCAGAGACUGGAGAGCAAUCUUGAUGUCAUGACAACCAAGUUUGCAAAACUGAUGGCGGAAUACACGUCUACUCAAAGCAAGAUCAAGCAGAGGAUCACCAACAUGGAGGCCAGAGUGAAAACCAUGAGGCCUGAGGAUUUGUCCGAGGUAGUUGCAGAUAAGAAGGAGGAGGACAAAAAGACCAAAUAG